AUGGUCACGCGACACAUCCGCUAUGCCUACCGAGAAUCCGGCCUCGCUUCCGUCUAUGCCACUGGCCGCGAUGCCUGGAUCAUCAUCCUUGCGCGCAGCCUGCGCAUGUUUGCCUACGGAGCCAGCAGCCUGAUUCUGGCCCUCUUCUUUGCCGCGCUGGACGUAUCGGACGAGCGUAUUGGCCUGUUCAUGUCGCUGACGCUGGCUGGUGACGUCGUGCUCUCGCUCGUGCUCACCUUUCUGGCCGACCAUUUUGGCCGUCGCCGCACCAUCCUGCUCGGUUCCGUUCUCAUGGCCGUCUCCGGCCUGGCUUUUGCUUUUUGCGAGAAUUACUGGCUGCUGCUGAUGGCCGCGAUUGUCGGCGUCAUCAGCGCCAACGGCGGCGACUUUGGACCCUUUCGCGUCGUCGAGGAAUCCAUGCUGUCCGAACUGACCGAUCCGAACACCCGCGCCGACGUUUUGGUUUGGUACGUCACCGUCUCGGCUCUCGGCUCGUCUGUCGGCACUGCCGUCGCCGGCCAUGUCAUUCAUCGUUUGCACAGCGGCCCGGCUGCUUGGCCGCUGCUGCGCGUCUAUCACCUCUGCUAUCUGGCCUAUGCCGUCACCGGUGCCCUCAAUCUCGGCCUCAGCUUGGUCUUGUCACCGCCGGCCGUCUCGACCUCCUCGGAUUCCUUCUCGGUCGACUCUGCCAAGGCACCACGCGAUAUCCACGACUACACUCUCGGCCACACGCCCGACCACACAUACGAUGAUAGUGACAAUGACGACGACGACGACGAGCAGCUCGCCACCCCGUCGCCGUCCAAGAGCCGCUUCAGCCAGAUCUCCAGCCAGACCCGUCGCACUCUCUAUGCCCUCUGGUUCCUGCUCAUGGUCGACUCGCUGGCCGACGGCAUGGCUACCAUGCCCCUCACCACCUACUACCUCGACACCAAGUUCCCCAAACUUGGCAAGAACGCCCUCGGCAGCAUCCUGUCGGCCAGCUACUUCCUCGCUGCCUGCUCCUCGAUCUUUGCCGGUCCUCUCGCCCGCUACAUCGGCCUUGUCAACACCAUGGUCUUCACCCAUGUGCCUUCGUCUGCCGCCGUUCUGCUCUUUCCCUGGCCCGCCAGCGUCUGGCUCACCUGCGUCCUGCUGCUCGUCCGCGUCGGCCUCAACAAUCUCGACCAGGCUCCGCGUGCCGCCCUCAUCGCCGCCAUCGUCCGUUCUGAAGAGCGAACUGCCGUCAUGGGUGUCACUAGCCUUCUGCGUACCCUCGCCUCCACCACCGGACCCUCCCUCACCGGCCUCCUCGCUGGCCAUGACCGCUUCUGGAUCGCUUUCGUCGUCUCCGGGGCCCUGCGCCUGGCUUACGACUUCGGCCUUUUUGCCAUGUUUGUCAACAUCCGCCUCUACCAAUACGAGGCUGUGCCCAACGCCACCGCUGCUGCCGAGGCCGACAGCGAGCUCAGCCGCAGCACGCGGGAUGUCCUCGACGAAGAGGAGAGCAUCGGCUGA